AUGAUGUUGACGGCUUUCUGGACAAGAGGAGAGAAGCUCGAGCCAAGCGACGGAAGGUUCACGCUCUACUUGCUGGCUCUGAUUUGCAGCGCGCCCACCGUGCAGCUGCGUCGCGGCUCCUGUGAAUAUCUCUGCGAGAUGUUGCAGAAGGGCUCACAGUCUCACUUGGCAGGAGCGGCCUUCUUGAAGGCCAACUGCUUGGAAGCCUUCCGCCGCAUCCUCACCGGGCCUUUGGACGAGUUGGCCGCCAGCACCUCCAAGAUGAUGAUCGCCCUGGCCACCUCCUGCUACGACGUACAUGUCCACAUGUUGGACAUCUUGGAGACCGUCCUUGCGGCCAUCGGAAGCCCGUCCUCCGGGGCGGCCAGGGUGAUGUCUCUAUCCGAGCUCUUUGUGGCGCUGACUGGGGAGCGCACCAUCGAGGUCUUGGGGGGCGUCAUCGAGCUGCCGAACAUCAUGGCCUUCCUGGGCCUGGCGCGCUCCUCCGUGUCUGCCCGCCGCGAACUGGUGCAGAGGUGGCUCGAGAACUUCGGCUCCUCCCUGUACGAGCUGGACGAGGUCGGGGAGGUCUUCGCCAAGUCCACGCUGCAGGGCCUGCUCUACGUGUCCGCCCGAAGCACCUUGGACCCGGAGGAUGCUAUGGAUCUCAGGAAGGUGUUGCCUGGAGGCUCAGAAAAGGCUUAA